AUGAAACCGGCAAACAUUACCCAGUUACUAGCAACCUACAUCCACGCCCUGCACAUCCUCCACUACCACGGGGUGCUGGAUGGCUACGGCCACCUGUCGGUGCGAAACCCGGACAACCCGGCGACGUUCUUCACGAUCUACCAGAUGGCACCGGCCUUGGUCUCGGGACUCGACGACAUCGGCGAGUAUCGCGUCUCGGACUCGGAGCGUGCCCGCCCUGGCAACCCCGACGCCAAGGACACCGUGGAGCGCUUCAUCCACGGCGAGACCCUCAAGCGUUACCCCGAUGUGAACGUGGUGUUGCACGGCCAUGCCGAGGAGAUGGUCGCUUACAGCAUUAGCCGUGUCCCAUUGCGCGCGGCGACCCACAUGUCGCCAAUCAUAGGCGAGGAAGUACCCAACUUUGACAUCACCAAGUUUUACCGUCCGAACGACACCCAAGACUUCCUAGUGCGCAACCAGCGUCUAGGCGCCGCGCUCGCGGCAGAAUUCGAUACCAGCAGCAACAGCAACACCUACCCUCGCCACAACGUAGUCCUCAUGCGCUCGCACGGCUUCGCUGCCGUCGCGACGGACGUCAAGAUGGCCACAUACGAAGGCAUCUUCGCGCUGACCAAUGCCAAGAUUGAGGCCAGCGCGCUCAUGCUGCAGCACGCCUACACCGGGCAGGCGGCGCAGGGCAGGGAUGGGAUCGCGUACCUCACGCCGAGGCAGAUCUAUGACAGCUGGCAGACGGAGAGGGGCAUCGUGGACAAGCCGUGGGCGCUGUGGGUUCGGGAGGUCCAGGUCAACCCGCUGUACGUGAAUGAGUUGGAUCCAGAUCAGUGA